UGAGUACAGCGGUUCAACCUACUUUUGGAGUUCACCUUUUCACAAGUAUGGCCGUGUUUAACCGUACCAGUCUGGAAGAAUUAUUAAAGAAACGCUUUUUCUACGCGCCCUCUUUUCAAGCUUAUGGAGGUGUGGCAGGUCUUUAUGACUUAGGGCCACCCGGUUGUGCCCUCCAGUCCAACAUAAUUGAAUUGUGGCGUAGACAUUUUGUGUUGGAGGAAGAAAUGCUUGAGAUGGACGGUACCAUCAUGACGCUAGGAGAAGUUCUAAAAACAUCUGGUCACGUGGAUAAAUUUGCAGACUGGAUGGUCAAAGACAUUGAAACCGGAGAUUUCUUCCGUGCUGACCACUUGGUUGAGGCAGUAUUGGAAUCGAGGCUUGAAGGUGACAAGCAAGCUAGGUCAGAAAAAGUUGGAACCGAGGGGGUGAAUUCUGCAGCAGAUAAGAAUAGAAAAAAGAAAAAGAAGGGGAAAGUUAAUGCCAUAGAACUUGAAGAGGGUACGAAAGCGGAAUAUGAGGAGAUCUUGGCGAAGAUCGACAACUACACUGGCGCAGAGCUUGGAGAAAUCAUACGUAAACACAACAUAAAAAAUCCUGAGACGGAAAAUGACCUGUCUGAACCCAUCGAAUUUAACUUGAUGUUUGAAAGUAGUAUUGGCCCUACCGGGCACACAAAAGGUUAUCUCCGGCCGGAAACAGCACAGGGUCAAUUUCUCAACUUUAAAAAAUUCCUCGAGUUCAAUAAUGAUAAAAUGCCUUUCGCUUCCGCAUCAAUUGGACGUUCAUUCAGGAACGAGAUUAGCCCAAGAUCCGGUCUUAUCAGAGUUAGAGAAUUUACGAUGGCCGAAAUUGAACAUUACGUGGAUCCACAAAACAAGGAUCACUUGCGUUUCGAUGAAGUGAAAGAUGUUCGACUUCGCCUCUUAUCGCAAAACAUACAAGCAGAAGGAAAGACGGAACCAAUCGAAAUAUCUAUAGCCGAGGCCGUAGAAAAAAAAAUUGUGGACAACAAAACUCUGGGAUACUUCCUCGCUCGAAUAUACUUGUUCCUAGUUAAACUCGGAAUCAAGACCGAGAAACUUCGGUUUCGUCAACACAUGCCCAACGAAAUGGCACAUUACGCUUGUGACUGUUGGGAUGCCGAAAUCCAAAGUAGCUAUGGAUGGAUCGAGUGUGUUGGUUGCGCGGAUCGCUCUGCCUAUGAUUUGACGGUUCAUUCGAACCGUACAAAGGAAAAACUCGUCGUGCGAGAAAGCUUGCUCGAGCCACUGGUUUAUGAAAAAACUAUUUUAGAAAUAAACAAAAAGAUCUUUGGUCCUAAGCUUAGACAAAAUGCGAAAACCGUUGAAGAUUAUCUGCUUAGCCUGAAUGAAGAACAGCUGGAGGUCUUGAAGAAGGCAUUAGAAGAUGGAAAUGGCACCACCACAGUUCCCGGUACAGACGGUAACGAAUAUGAGGUUUCUAGAGACUUUUUUACCAUCCGAAGACAGACCAUUACAGAACACAUUAGGGAAUAUGUUCCCAAUGUGAUAGAACCAUCGUUCGGUAUUGGUCGUAUCUUGUAUUCAUUGAUCGAACAUGUUUAUUGGACUCGUGAGGGAGAUGAGCAAAGGGGGGUUUUGUCCUUCCCGCCGCGUGUUGCGCCAUUCAAAUGCCUUCUAGUUCCCCUGAGUAAUAAUCCAUCGUUUACGGAUCUCGUUCGUAAUCUUUCCGUAAAACUUCGUAAACUUAAUGUUGCUACAAAAGUUGAUGAUUCUUCCAAUUCGAUUGGACGUCGAUAUUCACGUAACGAUGAGCUUGGCACACCAUUCGCCGUCACCAUCGAUUUUCAAUCGGUGAACGAUGGAACAGUGACAUUGCGGGAGAGGGAUACCACAAAACAAAUCAGAGAAAAGGUUGACACCAUUCUCCAUGUUCUAAAAGAACUGCUCGAAGAAGAAACCACUUGGGAUAAGGUGAUAGAAAUAUACCCCACAUUUACACAACAAGAACUUGAUUGA